AUGGUGUCGGCGACGUUCGCCUGCUUCGUCGUACUGCUCGGCGUGCAUCAGUCACGAGCCAUCAUCGCUCGCCGAUUCAUGUUCAUCGCCGGCACCCUGUAUGCCUUUCGUGCUGUCACACUACUCAUCACACAACUGCCUCCAGGCUACGAAAAUAACAAUCUUCGAUGUCGAGAACAAGUAAAUCUCACAUUCAACUUGUUCAUUUCCAGAGUUUUCGAGCAAGGAAUACGGGCUGGAUUUCAGGAGAAGACAAACAUGUUGUGUGGCGACAUGUUGUUUUCUGGGCAUACGCUUGGAAUGGUGACGAGCGCUCUGUCCAUAGCGUACUAUCUGCCUCAUAAAUGGCGGUUCUUGCAAUGGAUUCCGCACUUACUGGCUCUCAUUGGAAUGGUGUGCAUGAUCAUCUCCCGAACACACUACACCAUUGAUAUCUUCAUCGGUUACUGGUUGUCCAAUUUUAUUUUCCGGGUCUAUCAUGCGUUCUGCGAAGUCGAUAUAUUCAUGGAACGACGAAAAUCUGUGCUUUAUGGCUUAUGGAUGUUAUGGGUCGUUGAAUGGUUGGAAGAUGACAUAGUUCCUGGAAAGUGA